CCCAUUUUCCAGCUGUCCCUCAGUCGGUCGGGAUUUCAGAGCAACGGGAAAAUCACCGGAGCGGGUUUUAGUGAUCAACCAGCACAUUCUGGGGGGAAGAUGCCACAUUUUAUGGCUGCAUAAACACGCAACAAGCUACUUUAUCCGGGAUUUAACGAUGAAAACUGAACUAUGAGGUGUUGUGACGCUGCAGAAGACUGAGUGAACCAUGGCACAGUUCCCAACCACAUUCACAGGUCCAGAUGUGUUUCUGAUCUCCGUGGAUGAGAGAGCCAAACAUGACCAGCAGUUUCACAGCCUCUCUCCGACUGCCGGAGGUUACAUCACAGGUGACCAGGCCAGGAACUUUUUCCUCCAAUCAGGGCUGCCGCCGCCCAUCCUAGCCCAAAUAUGGGCUCUGGCCGAUAUGAACAGUGAUGGCCGGAUGGAUAUCCAUGAGUUCUCCAUUGCCAUGAAACUCAUCAAACUGAAACUCCAGGGCCACCCUCUGCCCCCAACGCUGCCUCCCAGUAUGAAACAACCCCCACUGUCUUUACCCCCACAGACAGGCUUUGGUCUGCCCCCCAUGGCUCCUCUCCCAAACCCUCUACCUGGCGUGCCUCCUCUCCCCCUACCUCCCCUACCUGUCGGGGUGUCUCCCCCUCUCGUCUCAUCGGCGGCGCCGCCUCCCCUCCCGCCGCCCAUUGCCAAUGGAGCUCCGCCCACUGGCAUGAUGCAGCCAAUCUCAGGCUUCUCCCACCCAGCUCCUUCUGUCAACAAGUCUUCUUCGUUUAAUCGUUCCAGCACCAAGCUGCAGAAGGGCUCGUCCUUUGAUGCUGCUGGUGCCCAGCCGCCCCCUGACUGGGCCGUUCCUCAGUCCUCCCGGCUGAAGUACCGACAGCUUUUCAACUCCCACGACAAGAUGAUGAGUGGACACCUCACAGGUCCACAGGCUCGAACUAUCCUGAUGCAGUCCAGUCUUCCUCAAAGCCAGCUGGCCACAAUAUGGAGUCUAUCGGACAUCGACCAGGACGGAAAGCUAACAGCUGAGGAGUUUAUCUUGGCUAUGCACCUCAUAGAUAUGGCGAUGUCAGGGUUACCGCUGCCCCCUGUGUUACCACCAGAUUACCUCCCACCAACAUUCAGGCGGGUUCGAAGUGACAGCGUUCAGUCGGACCAGAAGAGCGUCCAGGAGGAGGUGGAGGAAGAAACUGAGAGCAGCCUGGAGAAGAAACUACCAGUGACGUUUGAGGACAAGAAGAGGGAGAACUUUGAGCGAGGAAACUUGGAAUUGGAGAAGAGACGUCAGGCUUUGCAGGAGCAGCAGAGGAAAGAACAGGAGAGGCUGGCUGCGCUGGAGAGAGAGGAACAGGAAAGAAAGGAGCGUGAACGUCUGGAGCAGGAGAGGAGGCGACAACAGGAACUAGAAAAACAACUGGAGAAACAAAGAGAGCUGGAGAGGCAGAGGGAAGAGGAGAGACGUAAAGAAAUAGAGAGGAGAGAGGCUGCUAAGCGAGAAUUGGAGCGCCAGCGUCAGUUAGAAUGGGAGCGUCAACGUCGUCAGGAGCUUCUGACUCAAAGAAAUCGAGAGCAGGAGAGCAUAGUGCUGCUCAAAGCCAGGAAGAAGACGCUGGAGUUUGAACUGGAAGCUCUGAAUGACAAGAAGACCCAGCUGGAAGGUAAACUGAAGGACGUUCGGUUUCGUCUGUCGGCUCAGCGGAGGGAGGUGGAGCAAACCAACCAGACCAGAGAAACACGCAUCGCUGAAAUCACGCUGCUACAACAGCAGCUGCAGGACUCCCAGCAGUGGUUGGGGAGGCUGAUUCCUGAUAAACAGACUCUUAACGACCAGCUGAAGCAGGUCCAACAGAACAGUCUGCAUCGUGAUAGUCUGUCGUCGCUGCAGAAGGCCGUUGAGCAGAAAGAAACUAGCCGACAGCAGCUCAGAGAGCAGCUCGAUGCCGUGGAGAGAGAGACGAGGGCCAAACUGCUGGAAAUAGACGCUUUCAACACCCAGCUGAAGGAGCUGAGGGAGAUCCAUAGCCGGCAGCAGCGGCAGAAACAGAAGGAGCUGGAAGGCGACACACACACACUCGCACACACACACUCACACAUGCACACACCCAUCGACAGGAAGUCGGCCGAGCUGCAGGAGAGCAGGUUGUCAUCAGACGAAGGCGUUGCCUGGAGGGAUGAAGCAGGAAGUUCCGCCCCAAAAGCUCCAAGCCCCGCCUCCGCCCCCCACGCCUGGUUAAACAGAGUGACUCAGGAAGAGGAGGAGAGGAAGAGGAGAGGCAUGGAGGACGAUGAGGAGGGCAGGAAGGCGGCAGGAUCCGUAGAAAACAAGGAGGAAGAGGGAAGAGGCAAGAAGGACAUGCAGGAUAAACUAAACAAGCUGUUCAGCCAACCGGCCGACCCCUGGGCUUCAGCAGAAAAGACUCCAUGUCCCAGUCUGUUUGACCAGAAAGCUCCAGUCAGCAGCUUCGACCAGCAGCAGCCGGUGAAGGUGGUUUACUACCGAGCUCUGUAUCCGUUUGACGCUCGCAGCCACGACGAGAUCAGCAUCGCUCCCGGAGAUGUGAUCAUGGUGAAGGGGGAAUGGGUGGAUGAGUCCCAGACAGGUGAGCCUGGUUGGCUGGGAGGUGAGCUCAGAGGAAGGACUGGUUGGUUUCCAGCUAAUUAUGCAGAACGGAUACCAGACAGCGAAGCACCAAUCAGCCUGCGAGCCACAGCCUCAGCUACACCCACCUCAGCCCAGCAGCCAAUGACGACGCCUCCUCCAGCACCUGGACACACCUCCUCCUCCACGUCAUCUGCCAACAGUAACUGGGCAGAUUUUAGCACUACUUGGCCGUCGAACACAGCCAGCCAAUCAGACAGCGAGGGUUGGGAUGCCUGGCCGACCUCCUCGAGCAGUCAGAAUCCAUCUCUCAGCGUUCCCUCAGCGCAACUACGGCAACGCUCCGCCUUCACACCCGCUACCAUGACGACGGGUUCCUCUCCAUCACCUGUACUGGGACAGGGAGAGAAGGUCGAAGGUCUUCAGGCUCAGGCUUUGUAUCCCUGGAGAGCCAAGAAGGACAACCACCUGAACUUCAACAAAAAUGAGAUCAUCACAGUGUUGGAGCAGCAGGACAUGUGGUGGUUGGGUGAACUUCAGACCGGACAAAGAGGCUGGUUUCCUAAAAGUUACGUCAAACUCAUCUCGGCCACGAUGACGGCGGCUUCUGGUGUGGCAACACGAAGCAAAAACACGAGUGAAUCUGGAGUAUCAGAAAGCCCCCCCAAUGGAAAACGUCCCUCGCCGUCCCCAACGAAACCUUCAGAUUCCGGUGAAGAAUACAUCGCCAUGUAUACCUAUGAGAGCAGUGAACAGGGAGACCUGAGCUUCCAGCAGGGAGACAUCGUCAUGGUGACCAGGAAAGAAGGGGAUUGGUGGACAGGGAUGGUCGGGGGGAAGACAGGAGUCUUCCCGUCCAACUACGUCAAACCACGAGACUCGGCGUCAGAGUCUCUGGGACCAGCAGGGAAGACUGGCAGCCUUGGGAAGAAACCAGAGAUAGCUCAGGUGAUCGCCCCCUACAGUGCAACGGGAGCAGAGCAGCUGACAUUAGCUCCAGGUCAGCUGAUCCUCAUCAAAAAGAACCCUGGAGGCUGGUGGGAGGGAGAGCUGCAGGCUCGGGGGAAGAAGCGUCAGAUUGGCUGGUUUCCUGCCAAUUACGUGAAGCUGCUCAGUCCCAGCACAAGCAAGACGACGCCCACAGAGCCGACGCCUCCCAAACUGGCUCCUGCCAGUACAGCUCUGUGUCAGGUGAUCGGCAUGUACGACUACGUGGCGCAGAACGACGAUGAGCUGGCCUUCCAGAAGGGUCAGGUGAUCACUGUGCUCAACAAGGACGACUGUGAUUGGUGGAAAGGGGAGCUGAACGGGAGGGAGGGGCUGUUUCCUAGCAACUACGUCAAACUGACCACAGACACCGACCCGAGCACGCAGUGGUGCGCCGACCUCCACCUGCUGGACAUGCUCAGUCCGAUGGAGAGGAAGCGGCAGGGCUACAUCCAUGAGCUCAUCGUCACCGAGGAGAACUACGUCAACGACUUGCAGCUCGUCACCGAGAUCUUCCACAAGCCUCUGCUGGAGUGUGAGCUGCUGACGGAGAAGGAAGUGGCCAUGAUCUUCGUCAACUGGAAGGAGCUCAUCAUGUGCAACAUCAAGCUUCUCAAAGCUCUGAGGGUGAGGAAGAAGAUGUCGGGCGAUCGGAUGCCGGUGAAGAUGAUCGGCGACAUUCUGACCAACCAGCUUCCUCACAUGCAGCCGUACAUCAGGUUCUGUUCGUGUCAACUGAACGGAGCGACGCUGAUCCAACAGAAAACCGACGACAACCCCGAGAUCAAAGAUUUCCUCAAGAGGUUAGCCAUGGAUCCCAGGUGUAAGGGGAUGCCUCUGUCCAGUUUCCUGCUCAAACCCAUGCAGAGAGUCACCCGCUACCCUCUGAUCAUCAAAAAUAUCUUAGAAAACACUCCAGAGUCUCAUCCGGAUCACAGUCAUUUGAAAGCUGCUCUAGAGAAAGCUGAGGAACUCUGUUCACAGGUGAACGAAGGCGUCAGAGAGAAAGAAAACUCUGAUCGACUGGAGUGGAUUCAGGCUCAUGUUCAGUGUGAAGGACUGUCCGAGCAACUGGUGUUUAACUCGGUCACCAACUGUUUGGGUCCCAGGAAGUUCCUCCACAGCGGGAAACUGUUCAAAGCUAAAAGCAGCAAAGAGCUCUACGGAUUCCUGUUCAAUGACUUCCUGCUGCUGACUCAGGUGACCAAACCUUUGGGCUCAUCAGGUUCAGAUAAAGUUUUCUCCUCGAAAACACACCUGCAGUAUCGCAUGUACAAGACGCCAAUCUUCCUGAAUGAAGUGUUAGUGAAGCUGCCGACAGACCCGUCAGGAGACGAACCUUUGUUCCACAUUUCUCAUAUAGACAGAGUUUAUACACUCAGAGCUGAGAGCAUCAAUGAAAGGACGGCUUGGGUUCAAAAAAUUAAAGCAGCUUCAGAGCUCUUCAUUGAGACGGAAAAGAAGAAGAGGGAGAAGGCUUAUUUAGUUCGUUCUCAGAGGGCUACAGGUAUCGGCAGGCUGAUGGUCAACAUUGUGGAGGGAAUCGAGCUCAAACCCUGUCGUUCCCAUGGUAAAAGUAACCCGUACUGUGAGGUGACCAUGGGUUCCCAGUGCCAUAUCACAAAAACAUUACAGGACACGUUGAAUCCCAAGUGGAACUCCAACUGUCAGUUUUUUAUUAAGGACUUGGAACAGGACGUCCUCUGUGUCACUGUGUUCGAACGAGAUCAGUUCUCACCCGAUGACUUCCUGGGCAGGACAGAGAUCCGAUUGGCUGAAAUAAAGAAGGACCAGGGCUCUAAAGGACCAAUCACAAAGCGGCUGCUGCUCCACGAGGUUCCCACCGGAGAGAUCGUCGUCCGGCUGGACUUGCAGCUGUUUGAAGAACCAUAGAAUCAGAGCCAACUGGACCGAACUGGAGCUAAGAGAUGUGACACUUCGGCUGGAUUAGACUGGACUGGGAGGACAGGCUGGUCUGGAUUCUCUCAAUUAUCAGUUUAUUUACGGCAACAGAGUUGGCUUGAGGAAGAGUUUAUGUUUUUUAAAGUUUAAACAACAACAAAAAAAUGAACAUUUAACAGAUCAGAAACAGGCAGCUGGUGUCUAGAGGCAAUAAAAACGUCCUUGGAGUCCAUAUUUAUGGUUCAUUCCAUUAAGAAUCAAUCAGAGUCUCCUACUGAUUUUUUUGUUUACAAUAACUUUAGUGUGUUUAAAGGAAGACGUGCAAAAGUCAUACUAUGAAUAUUUUCAUAGAGGUGAGUCGAUAUUUUACAUUACUGUAGCAUUUAUUAAAAAAUUAUUAGACACAGAAGGAAUCAUGACUGGAAUCGUAAUUUUAAAAUACAUAUCAAUUUUCUGAGAUAAAUAUCCUGUAAAUCUAAAUCCAGAACAACAUCUGAAGGUUCUGUUAACCCUCUAAACUCCAAGAAGUUUCUAUUUUUUCGUCCUGUUGCAUUUUUCUUCACUUCGGUUCAUUUUUCAAUGCAACGUGAAGUCCUGUAGCUCUAUGGAAACAGAACAACCAUGAAGGGGCUGAGAGAACUCAAUCCUAAAAAAUGAAAAAACGAAAAUAUCAUUUAUUUGAUUUUCUGUUAUACAUUUUUUAAAUGGAAUCAAUCUGUCCAAUAUUUUUCCAUGUGUCUACAGGUGUUAGCAAUAAUGGAAAAAAAUGAUGAGUCUACAUGCUAUAGAUAUUUGACUUAUUAGAUUUUAAAUUUGUCUCUAUACUUGUCUGCUCUGUGUAAACACAGCUCAGCUGAAAACUCUGAAUUUUUGUUAAGUGAUUUGUGUUUACAGUUGAGUCAUUCAUAGCUUCACCAUCACAGUGAGAAGUGCAGAAUUUUUUGUUUUUGUAGAUUCUGAUUAGAGAAAGCAAUUUAUUUUUGGCGAUUUUUUUAAAUGAGACCUGUAGAAUAAAGUUAAGUUUUCACAGAUGAGUAGUGCAAGGACUGUCGGAAAGCUGAAAAUCAACCCUUCUUUGUGUUUUUAGAGCUUCUGUCUGAUAAAAUCAACAUGUCUCUUAAACCCGCCGGCGGGUUUUGGGGUUCAGAGGGUUAAACUCGCAUCAUGAACGUCUUAAACUCAGCAAAAAGUCUUAAAUUCAGACUUCCUGCUCUUGAAUAUGUUGCUGUUUUUGUAGUUAGAAAUGGUACCAGAUCAGUCAUGAUGAGAAUCCAGGACCAGUUUCUCCUCCUGUCCGGUCCAGCUUCCUCAGUACUGAGUCCAGUCUCGGUCUUUACUGUUUCCUCUCCGGUGACAAUCCCAGAACUCCUUCUUUAUCCGAGCAAACCCAAACCUGUGUGAGUGUGAAGCUGCUGUGAACGAUGAUACGAGUGUUGAGGUGGACGGCUAAUGAAUUUACGGUUCACUCUAGGUUUUAUUUUAUUUUUUAAGUCUUACGGUCGACUCCUUGGACUCUCAGCUCCGAGGUUCUGCUUGUCAACAUCUGUUUUCACCGAACACUCGCCUCACUAUCUCAGAAAAGUGCUAAAUAUGUACAGGUUUAAUGAGAAAUGCUAACGAUGCUAACAAGCUGAAAUGAUAGAGAUUUUAACGCAGAGUGUUUUGGUGAACGACAGACGAGUUUCUUCCACAUGCAGCUGAAGUAAUAAUGCUGGUAAUAAGGAUUCAAACUGAGGUACUGUAAAGAAGAAUGUCUUAACUUUUCGUAUUCUGUUGAUUCCACAUCUGGACUCGGACGUCGAACGAAGUCGAGGCUCGACGCUGGAUUUGGGCCUCGAACAGACUCAGCAUUGCUUUGAAGUGUUUUAUAGAAACGGUGUUUUUUGAACAUUUCCACUCUUUAACCCUGAGGAGGCUAUGAUUAGAAGUAACUUUGCCAUCAUCGGCACUCCCAGCACUUUGAAACAGACACUUAAGCCGAGAAGAAAGUGACUAAAGUGACUUGGUGGCCAUUUUGAAAAUCGAAGUAGAAAAGUUUCCCUAGAAGACAAAGCAGACGGCUAAAGAAUAGGAAUGUGAUUUUUUUUUUUAAUAUGUUGAAAUAUUGAAAUAGACACAGUUAUGAUAAAACUUUAAAGCUUUAAAGAUAAUAUAGAUAAAAUUAAAUGCAGGUGUAAAUUCUCAGUAGUACAUCAACAAAAGAAACUCCAGAAGGUAAUUCUAAGAAAAUAUUUAUAUAAGAAUAUAGUUUUUUUUUUUAAAAAAGCUCCUUUAUUUUAAGAAAAUUUAACUCAAACAGGAGCUCAAAAUGUAUUUCUUGGGGAUUAUUUUGAAACACAUGAAUUCGUAUUUGCCCAGUUCAGAAAAAUAAAAUGUAAUUUGUUUAAAAAUAAUCCAUGUGAACUGCUCUACACUUCCGUCACAGGAGUUUGUGUUUGUGCUUGUUUACGUGCUAAUAUGCUGGCACACAAAAAGCCUUUACACAUUAAAAAUGGGCCAUAUUAAGAUACAUCAUAUUAUUUCAAUUGAUAUAUUGGAUAAUUGUUGAUUUUUUUUUAUUAGUUCCUUUUAAUUUUCUUGUUUAUUUUUGCAGAGGAAGAACACAAAUAGAAGUAGCAGAGUUUGCAGCUAGCAGCUAAUUGACAUUAUGUCAGUGGGCAAAACACAACCAUAAAACACAAAUGGCAAACUAUAAAAAUAAUGUUUAGACUCAACUACAGAAAAUAAACAGUUUUCACUAACCUCUUUUAGUUAUGACAACUUCUAAUUUCAUUAUGUUCUCCCAAUAAACUAUAUUGAGUUGUGAGAAUUAGCCUUAAAUGACCAAUUACUUGAUUAUUAAACAUUCUAUGUAAAGGUUUUAUUGUCCCAAACAGUGGUAACUUUAGUUUGAUUGAUUCCUUGUUGGAAGCGUAUCUUUGAGUUAUUUAAAAGCAGCUUCAGUCUUCCAGGUAAACUCCGCCCACAUGGCAUUUCAAAAUGGCCGCCACAGUAUUCUGAAAACAUUUCAGUUCCUUCAGCGAGCUUGUAGUUAGCUAGUUAGCUUUGGCCGAUUAGUAAAAUACUAGUUAGCGUUUUAAUUUAACGCCACGGUUCCAGUAACAUACUGAAUUACCUUAGACAACAGUUACCUUAGCGACCAGCCACUGUCCAAUCAGACAUCAGCGAGGCUCCAGCAGUGAACGAAUGGUUGUGUUUCUGCAGACUGGUGAUGAUGAUGAUGACGAAGGUAUGUUACCUCCCUCCUCCUUCUCCUCCUCCUGAAACUAGCGAUGAGUCUGAAGCCGUUCUUACUGUUACCUUCCAGGUUGUGUAUAAUACUGCUGUUAUCUGAGAGUUAAUAUAUGAGGCGACCGACGGCCUGCUGUUAAUUAUCACUGUAGAACAUGAUGUACGUUGUUGUCUUUCAAUGUUCAGAAUAAACUUCAGUUGGACCAACAACAAA